AAUAAAUAAAUAAAAAAGGGCUGGCUCAGCUCAGUAACUCAGCGCUUCAGGGGUUCAUUCUCCAGUGGCGGUGGGGGGCGUGGUUUGAGCAGGACGUCAGCAUCAGGAUCACCCGGAGCGCUUUUUUGCAAAUGCAGUUAUCGUCCCGGAGUUACGACACCUCUCAGAGAACAGGGUAGGCGGCAAGGGCCUCGGAUUUGUUUUUAACUCCCCCGAGGAUAUUGCUCAUUCGUCCCUCGGAGCCAGCGCCCUACACUCCCUGGAAACCCCAGGGGUUCUAGACACUGUUGGGAGUAUCCUUAAGAAAAUGACCUGAGGUCAGCGGCUGACGCGUUACCACAGACACGCGGGGAUGGGGGACACAGCAGCGCACACCCUAAAAGCGUCACCGGGAGCUGACUAGCUCACCUGGCCCAAGGAACAGCCCCUCCCUACGCAGCCCCGCAGCCGGGGGCGGGCGGAUAGAUACGCUCUCCAAUCACAGUUCGGGAAAAGCGGGUAGGAAAAUCUUCUCCAAUCACAGCUUGCAAUGAGAUUGAUGUGUCUUCCCACCAAUCAUCGCCGAGGCGCAACGGGGUUGUCGGGACGCGGGCCGAAGCCAACAUGGACCCCGCCGUGGGACGAGGGUGAAGCUGCGGUGACCGGCUGUGCCUGUCUUCCCGCCCCAGCAUGCUGAUGCACCUGUUUCGGGCCGGGAUUCGGGGCUGCCCUGUCCCGGGCAGGUCGUUGUUUUCCCACCGGCUCCAGUCAUUCUCGGCCGUCAGGUCCCCCGAUGGCCGCCUCAGCUCCUGCCUGCUCAGGGCCGUGGCCCAGCUGCGGUCACAGCUCCUGGCCCACCUCCCUCGAGCCCCGCCAACCGCAGCUCCCAGCCAGAGUCCCUCUGCCUGGUGCUGGGUGGGGGGAGCCCUGCUGGGCCCUGUGGUGCUGUACAAGCGUCCCCGCCUCUACCUGGUAGCCCUGUGUGAGGCACAGGAGGCCCCUUCUGCCCGCCCUGUGCCCCCUGUCACGCAGUCCCAGUUCAACUGGAAGCUCUUCUGGCAGUUCCUGCGCCCCCACCUGCUGCUCCUGGGGGCUGCCGUUGUGCUGGCACUAGGUGCAGCCCUGGUGAAUGUGCAGAUCCCCCUGGUCCUGGGUCAGCUGGUUGAGAUCGUGGCCAAGUACACGAGGGACCACGUGGGGAGCUUCAUGUCCGAGUCCCGGAACCUCAGCACCCACCUGCUGCUCCUCUACGGCGUCCAGGGACUGCUGACCUUCGGGUACCUGGUGCUGCUGUCCCACGUCGGCGAGCGCAUGGCCGUGGACAUGCGCAGGGCCCUCUUCAGCUCCCUGCUCCGACAAGACAUUGCUUUCUUUGAUGCCAAGAGGACAGGGCAGCUGGUGAGCCGCCUGACGACCGACGUGCAGGAGUUCAAGUCGUCCUUCAAGCUCGUCAUCUCCCAGGGUCUGCGCAGCUGCACGCAGGUGGCUGGCUGCCUGGUGUCCCUGUCCAUGCUGUCCCCGCGCCUCACGCUGCUGCUGAUGAUUGCCACACCCGCCCUGAUGGGCGUGGGCACCUUGAUGGGCUCGGGUCUCCGGAAGUUGUCCCGCCUGUGUCAGGAGCAGGUCGCCAGAGCGACAGGCGUAGCAGACGAGGCCCUGGGCAACGUUCGGACGGUGCGCGCCUUCGCCAUGGAGCAGCGUGAAGAGGAACGCUACGGAGCAGAGCUGGAGCAGUGCCGCGCAAAAGCCGAGGAGCUGGGCAGGGGCAUCGCCCUGUUCCAGGGCCUCUCCAACAUCGCCUUCAACUGCAUGGUCCUGGGCACCCUGUUUGUUGGGGGCUCCCUGGUAGCUGGUCAGCAACUGACAGGGGGAGACCUCAUGUCCUUCCUGGUGGCCUCCCAGACAGUGCAGAGGUCCAUGGCCAGCCUCUCUGUCCUGUUCGGUCAGGUGGUGCGGGGCCUUAGCGCGGGUGCCCGUGUCUUCGAGUACAUGGCCCUGGGUCCCUGCAUCCCGCUGUCGGGGGGCCACAGUGUCCCCAAGGAGCAGCUGCGGGGCUCCGUCACCUUCCAGGAUGUCAGCUUCAGCUACCCCUGCCGCCCCGGCUUCCAGGUGCUGAAGGACUUCACCCUGACGCUGCCCCCUGGCAAGAUCGUGGCCCUCGUGGGCCAGUCCGGGGGAGGAAAGACCACGGUGGCCUCCUUGCUAGAGCGCUUCUACGACCCCACGGCUGGCGCGGUGACGCUGGACGGGCACGACCUGCGCACGCUGGACCCCUCCUGGCUCCGGGGCCAGGUCAUCGGCUUUAUCAGCCAGGAGCCGGUCCUGUUUGGGACAACCAUCAUGGAGAACAUCCGCUUUGGGAAACUAGAAGCUUCCGACGAGGAGGUGUACGCGGCCGCGAGGGAGGCCAACGCCCACGAGUUCAUCUGCAGCUUCCCCGAUGGCUAUGACACCGUCGUGGGUGAGCGAGGCACAGCUCUGUCUGGUGGCCAGAAGCAGCGCCUGGCCAUCGCCCGCGCGCUCAUCAAACGGCCCACAGUGCUGAUUCUGGAUGAGGCCACCAGCGCACUGGACGCGGAGUCUGAGCGGGUGGUGCAGGAGGCCCUGGACCGGGCCAGCGCUGGCCGCACCGUGCUGGUCAUUGCCCACAGGCUCAGUACCGUGCGUGCGGCCCACCACAUUGUCGUCAUGGCCAACGGCCGGGUCUGCGAGGCUGGGACCCACGAAGAGCUCCUGAGGAAAGGCGGGCUGUACGCCGAGCUGAUCCGCAGACAGGCCCUGGACACUCCGCCUCUGGAGACUCGCAGGGCUGAGUCCCUGGAGGGCCAGCACGUUGGGGUGACUGCUGUUCCUUCCGCCCCACACACAAUAAAGCCGGCCGUGGCCGCCUGGGAGCUGGGAUCCUUCCCGUCAUUCCGCCCUCGCUGCCCACUGCCUCCUUCCUCCCUACCCUCGCACAAGGUUGUUGGGCGAACGCGCCACGGUGGAACCCAGGCCCGUCUGCCCCGUUCCCCUCUGCCUCCCCUCUGAAGUUGCCCCAGGCCCAGUUCCAAGGAAUUUUGAAUACCCAGGCUCCUCCCCAGCCAGGGCUCACUCGCCUCACUCGCCUUGCCUGGGAACUGUCGCCCAAGCGCUCCUGGCCCCGCCCCACAGCCCCGUCCUUCACUGUCCCCAUCAUCACCUCAGGCCCCGCUGUCUGGAUCUCCCCUCCCACCGCCUCCCACAGACCCACGCCUCCCAGGGCCACGGCUGGGCGGGGUAGGGUGCGGGAGGAGUGGUCCGUUCCCACAGGAAUUGCCUGCCUGCUUCGCUGGGCACCGCUGCCCUGCCUGUGUGCCUUGAAUUUGACCUGGUGAGACUGAGGCUAGCGUCCUGCCCCACUGCGGGGGACCCAGAGAGACCAGGUGAAGCUGAAGCGCAUGAGCCUGUGGCGCCAGGGCUGAAUAGGGCAGGCCUGGGCCGCCGGCAGCGUCUGUGGGACCAGGCACACGGGGAGAGCCCUUGGGCUGAGCCGGUGCCCAGGACAGGGCAGUGAGGCCCUUGUGUCCCUGUGCCGCUCCGGCUGCACCAGCCCUCCCCACCCACACGCAGGGCUAGGGGCUCUGUGCCUGGACGCUGUCCCUGUCACUUCCCACUGAGAACCGGGCAGC